GAGAAAAGAGAGGAGAGAGAGAGGCAAACCCGCACCAAAAUCUCUCUCUCUCCCCCAGAUUUGCGCCACAUUUUCCUCGCCGAAUCAGCCUCGCCGCCGUGGGUGCAGCUGCCGCGGGAUCCCGGCGAGCGAGCGCCAUUUGAGCCGGCUGCCGGCGGGUUUGCGUUCUGGAAGCUCCUUGCUGUAAACUAUUGAGGGGUAAAGCCUGCUAUUUAGUCAAGGUUGAGGGUGCUGUAUAAAUGACGCGGGCGUCCACAAUUGAUUUCGGGCGGAAGACACAUAAUGAUGUCCUCUGGUCAGGGCCAUUGCGUCCUGCAAACUUCAUCAGAAAUAAAUUCCCUACAUACAAGAAGAGUUUGAAUGGGAUAGUUAUCAAAUUGACAGAUGAUCAAGAAAUGCCAUCUCUGAAAGAGGCUGUUGCCAAGGAAACAGCAGACCUACUUCAUCGGAGUCAGCGCCUUUCAGUCCGUGAGCUUGCUAUGAAAUUUGAGAAGGGUCUUAACACUGCCACAUUGUUGUCUAAUGAGGUUAAAUGGAGACAAGCUGCUUUAUUGGAGCGAGACAUCCUUCUGAAAAAUCUAAAGAGUGUAUUAGAAUCGCUGAGAAGUCGAGUUGCAGGGAAACAUAAGGAUGAAAUUGAGGAGUCCCUUUCUAUGGUGGAUGUUUUAACAGUUCAGCUGUCUAAAAGAGAAGACGAGUUGCUGCAGCAAAAGGCAGAGGUUGCCAAAAUUGCAACCUCAUUGAAACUGGCUUCUGAAGAUGCCAGGAGAAUUGUUGAAGAAGAAAGAUCUAACGCUCGCAUAGAGAUAGAUAAUGCUAGAGCUGCUGUACAAAAAGUUGAACAAUUAGUUAAAGAGCAAGAAAUUGAUCCUCAAAUAAAUGGGAAACAGGAUGAGGAUGAACUUAAGGAAAAGGCUCAAGAAGCACGGAGAGUGAAAAUGCUGCAUUGUCCCAGCAAGGCAAUGGACAUUGAAAAUGAGAUUGAAGUCCUACGUGAACAAUUAGCUGAGAAGUCCUCAAAUUGUGUUCAUCUUUUGAAAGAGUUACACCUGCAUCAAAGCUAUGAGGAAAACGAUGUGUCCUCGUAUGAGCUGGAGGGCCUUGAAAGCUUAGGCUCAAUGUUGCGCAUAGUUUCCCAGAGUGAUGGAUAUGUUGAUUUAUCAAGAAGUACAAUACAGUGGUUCCGUGUGCAGCCUGAAGGAAACAAGAAAGAGAUAAUUUCAGGUGCCAUAAAGCAAGCAUAUGCUCCAGAACCACAUGAUGUUGGGCGGUAUUUGCAAGCUGAGAUCAACCAUUGCGGUGAAAUCUCUGUCGUGAAGACUGCUGGCCCUGUGGAUCCUGCUGCAGGAUUGGUCGAUUACGUAGAGACUCUUCUAAGGAAUCCUGAAACUGAAUAUAAUGUUGUUGUUCUUCAAGUGAAUGGAAUCAAACAGCCUACCGAUUCAAUUCAUGUUCUUUCCAUCGGGAAACUGCGGAUGAGACUCGCAAAAGGGAAGACAGUAAUUGCAAAAGAAUUCUACUCCUCAACGAUGCAGCUAUGUGGUAUGAGAGGCGGUGGAGAUGCUGCACCCCAAGCGAUGUACUGGCAACCGAGGAGAGACCUGAGCCUGGUGCUGGGCUUCGAGACGGCCAGAGAACGCAACUCUGCAAUCAUGCUCGCUCGCAGAUUUGCCAUCGAUUGCAAUAUCAUACUUGCUGGUCCUGGGGAUAAAACUCACUGGUGAUUGAUGAAGACGAACUGUACCAGCUAACCUCUUGUACGAGCUCAGACCCUGUGUUUGGAAUCAUUGUACAUCUGUGUCGUUGUAGUUAGAUACUCUAAUACAUAUCUGAUCUGUGAGGUGUAUUGUAGUGAGGGGUAGUUUAGUAGUAGUAGGUUCGCCAAGGCAUCGUUUUUACUGCCUUGCGGGUCAGUCUAGUUUAGUUGGUACAUUAUAUUUCUCAUUUCUGAGAGAGAGACACCCACGCAUGUUGUAGCUGUGUCAGUACUCUAGUGUAUGUAACUUUGUUCAUGAAACUGUUUACCAAACAUAAUGGACUAUCCCCCUUUCUGCUUA